AUGGGCCCCACAUGUCAUCCCCAUCCUCUGCCUUUUUUUCGUGUUCAUCAUGGGAACAAUAUCCCGAUGCAAAUCCACUCGAUUCGAUCCGUUCAUUGCCCCUCGCGCAAUCCCGACCCCCUACAAAUAAUGCCCUACUCCUCCUCGUCCGAUUUUCCGAAAAACCUCGGUCUCCCGUGCCCUAGAGCUCCAUCCCGAUCUCGCUGGAGUUCGCCGCCGCAAGGGCACCUUCACCGGUCGAUUCCGUCACCUCUGCAGUUCCGCAAGGGAACGACGUCCCCGACGACUUUUGAAUCUCGCCGGAGUUCGCCUCGCUCCAGCCGCUCGCCUUCGUCACCACCGCAAGCACCCGACGCCACUGACGCAACCUUCACCAUCCCCGAGAUCUGAAGUACCCCGUUGUACCGUGGCCCGACUCCGAGAGUCACCGGAGCCACCGUCCCCUCCACACCCGACCCCCGCGGCCAUCUUCUCCGUCACCGAUGACGUCCGCCACAGCCCCGGUCAUGAAGGUGAGUGGAUCGAAGGUGGAGCGAUACUUGCAAUCCGUGGUGAUGGACAUGUAUGCAAAUAAUCGGACUAAGAUUAGAUGUCCGUGUACAAGAUGCAAAGAAGGAGUCCUUUUGGACCCUUUUGAUCGUGGCACUUUGAAGGCGCACCUGCUAAUGAAUGGUUUCAUGGAUGGCUAUACUCGAUGGAUAAGUGAAGAUGAUGAUGAGGACGUCCACAUGGCAGGGAGUAACGACAUGGGUCUAGACGAAGAGAUGACCGAUCAACACAAAGACGAUGGCGCCGGACAUGGUGGCAAGGAAGAGUCCGGACAUGGCGGCGGUGGAGAAGAGUUCGGACGCGGCGAAGAAGAGUCCGGACACGGUGAAGAAGAGUCCGGACAUGGCGGAGAAGAGGUGGCGGUCGCGCGGCAGUCUUCGAUGCUACUAAGUGCAGUCGUGCACGACCCUCGUGUUCGAGACCUCCUUCGCAAGAGUACGACUAGCGAGAGAGCUGCUUCUAGAGAGGAGGCCAAGCUGGCGUAAUUUGAAGUAGACUCAAAGACUCCAUUGUAUGACGGUUGCGAUCCCAAGGUGACCCGCUUGAGUUUCACGCUCGAACUUCUAAAGACGAAGGCCAAAGACAAAUGGACGGAUAAAAGCCUCGAUGAGCAUUUGAAGUAUCUACAUAAUAAAGUUCUUCCCGUGGGGAACCUGUGUCCUACUAGUGUCGAGGAGGCCAAGAAAAUUGUUUGCCCUUUUGAUCUGCCGCACAUUAGAUACCACGCAUGCAUCAAUGAUUGCAUCAUUUAUUCGGGGGAGCACGUAGAAAAAACCAGUUGUCCAGCGUGCAAUGGUUCUCAAUACAAGAAGGCAGGAAAGAAAGCUCCUCGAAAAGUUAUAUGGUACUUUCCGAUCACUCCCUGUCUGUAGCGAUAUUUCGUAGAUCCUAAGGAAGCAAAGCUCAUGCGCUGACAUGCAGAGAGGAAGAAACCCGAUGAUGGAUAUGAUCUGAAGCCGAGACACCUCGCAGAUGCUAGCUAGUGGAGAGCAUUCAAUGCCGUAUAUGGAUUUGUUGCAGAAGAUCCAAGAAACAUCGUGCUUGGUGUGAUUACCGAUGGCAUGAAUCUGUUUGGAAACCAGAACACCAACCACAACACAUUGUCGUCUUUGUAUGGAUGUACAGCCUCCCCCCAUGGAAGUGUAACACCCCAGUGUCAUGCUACAGUAACCCUCUGUGAUUAAGCUAAUCAUUUACCCAAACAAUGUUUAAUCACCUUUGUCCAAUAUCCCAUUUGAAUUUCCAGUCAAUUCAAAUUCAAGUGAAGUUUGAAGUUGAUCAAAAGUUGCCGGAAAAAUGUUCAUCAUCUGUCAAAAAUUCCAUAACAAUUAUUUGUUAAGGAACACAACAUCACUUUGGUGCAAAGA